AUGAAAUACACUGGCAUGAUGACUACAGAAGACAUUUCUGACACAGACUACGACUUCCUUUACAAAAUCAUGGUUGUCGGAGACAUGGCCACAGGCAAAACCAACAUUGCACAGCGAUUUCUAGGCCAGCAGUUCGAGAAUACUUCUCCGACUUGUGCUGUCGAGUUUGCAUUCAAAGACUACACCUCAGAGACUGACGACAGGCUGAGGCUACAAGUCUGGGACACCAGCGGAGAUGACAAACACAAGUGCAUCACUUUUGCUCACUUGCGAAGAGCCCUCGGAGUGAUCCUGGUGUAUGAUGUGUGCAACCAAGACUCGUUCUUCAACCUCCACUAUUGGAUCGAUGUAGUCCGUGAGAAUGCUGAUGAACACGUGAUGAUACUGCUGAUGCCCAACAAGUGCGAUCUGCUGCUGAAGCACCCUGAGAAACGUCAAAUCAAAUAGAGAAAUGGCUGAAGAACUGGCACGGAAACAGAAGCUGCUGUUUCUCAACGAGUGCAGUGCCAAACUUGAAAUCAACAUCGAAGAGAGUUUCGAGUACUUGAUUUCCAAUGUGCAUCGAACCCAGAUGGAACUCAUUCAGCAGAAGAAGCGACCAGCAACAACAUUGAGGCUGACAAUUGAGAAGGAAAUAGAGAUGGAACGGAGGAGAGAACAAGACAAAUGUUGAAAGUAG